AUGGACAACCCCCCUACGGAAGACGCGGUCACACUGCACUGCACACUGCAGGACCGAAUGCACAAAAGGGAGGUCAGAAGGGAGGCUAGAAGCCAGACCAAAAGCGACGUAACAGACGAGGUCAAAAACGUAGUCCAAAAUGAUGAGGAAGACAUAACCAAUUUUAUAGUUAGCAAAAAAAUGAACUUGACAAGGGAAAAAAACGAAAACGUAAAAAAUAUGAAAAAAUUAAUUUCAAAACAUCCCGACAUCUUUAUCAAGUCGUCCAUCCUAUCGAAAGAGUUCCAACAAAAUGUCGAGGAUAUCCAAAUUGUUGUCGAUGACUUAAGAAGUAAUUGCGAGAAAAUAGCAGACUUGUUCGAGGCGCGUCAUCAUAAGAGCAGCAUGGAAGGGAUGAACCUUUCGAACACUGUACAUGACAGCACAAGGAGUGGCCUUCUGGCAGACAUGCUGAAAAUUCCUUUAAUCAUUCACCGGAGUAACGAGAAGGGAGACGUGCACGACAGCAUGAAGUAUGUACCCCUGUGUGGAAGGGUAAAAUUAUAUCUGUGUGCAUUGUGCAGCUGCGAAUCGAAUGAUCGUAAUUUAGCGAACUACCUACGGAGUUAUAAAAAAAAACUCAACAAAGAAAUAAAGAAAACGAGGGAACUUAUCUUCCAGUUCAUCGUGAAAUGUGAAGAUGUGGACACCUUGAAAGUAUACCUUCAAUAUUUGGCAAACAUACGAGAUUAUUUCUUGUUACCUCCAGAGCGAGUAACAACGAAUGAGAAGUUUCCGAGCGAAAUGAACAAUGAUGAAAGUUUCCUGAACGGGUCAGGUGAAAAGAGGCAAAACAACCUCACCCGUUCAGGCAGUUUUUCAAAUUGCAAAGACGGGAGAAUGACAAACGAGGAAUACACGCGGCACACAUUCUUAACGCUCAAGCACUUUCGCAUACUACACUCGGUGAGGGAGCAACUGGAGAAAAGAAUAAGCAGGCGAAAAACAAACAACUCGCUGAGUGCAUAUGAAAUUGUCCAAAUAUUUUUGCAUGAAAUUGCAAACUUCAAGAGCAGCUACGAGAGGCUGUUCCAUUCCGUGGACGCGAAUCUCUUUAGGCAUGUCGUGUUUCUUUACUAUUUCGCGCUUUCUCUGGUGAAUAUAAAGAUAACGCAGCGGAAUAGUUCCCCACCGGGGGGAGACGCCAACAUGCUCGAUGAGGAGAAGCGCCAAGUGGGGAAGCGCGACGUAAAGACGCCUGAGGGGAGCACACACCACACGAAUACAUACAGCCAGCAUUUGCUGAAGAAACUCAACCGCGAAUACAUAGCAGGCGAAUUGGCAAACUGUACGAAAGAGGCGAACGCCUCAUCCAGACAGAGCGACGGCAAAGAAGGGGGACAACCCCCCCUACUCCCUUUUUCCAAUCAAAGGUACCCCUUUGUAAAUGUAAAUAGCGCCCUCUUCAACUACAUGUAUUACUGCGUUUUCUUCAAAUGUGAAAAGGAAGUUUGUUUCCAUCCCCGAGGGAGGAAAGAUGAGGAGGAAGGAGGGGAAAAGAUUCCAUCUGAGGAGGAAAAACUGCCCCACUGGGGGAAAAAUCAAACGACAGCUCCCCACAGGAAAGGAAAAAUCAGUGAGAAGGAGAAGCGACACGAGAAUGCAAAUACGUCAUGCAAAAAUCAUUCCUCUUGGGUGAAUUCCUUGUACGAAGAGGGAAACACAAGAUGGAAACGAAAAAAACAAAAUGAAAAGACAACAAAAAUGAAGCACAACAUUUUUACUCACUACAUAUCAAUACAGGCGUUGGUUCAAAGGGCAAGUAUAAAAGACUCAGUGCAAGAUUUGUUCCAGUGUCGAAAUAUUUGUGAACAAACUGGCUUAGUGAAGAACGGGAAGGCAACUUUCAUAACGGGGUUAAACGCGCCUGUCCUUCUUGAUAACAUUUUAAAUAAAAUUUUUAUCCUGUUCGUUUACCAUUUUUUGGAGAGAACCAAUUUUCACUUUUAUGAGAGCGUUUUAUUUUUUGAUGAGAGUGAGGAGCAGGAGUUUGCUCAGCCGGGGAAGAACAUCCUAUUGGUCCUGCGCGAGCACCUGCGCAGUCGAAAGGGGAAACAACACCCGGGAGGGAACGACGGACAGAACAACGGGAGAAACGACGAACAGAACGAGCGACCCGGCGACACCCGGGAAACCCCCCUGCAGCGCGCGCAACACACCCUGAAGCACGCAUUCCUAAACUCCUACUUCCUCAACCUCCUGUUCAUCCUAAAAAGCAUAAAACACUACGUAGACAAAUCGAUAACCUACGUCGUCAUUUUAUUAUUCGAAGAAUCCUUCAAAAGAGUAAUAAAAAAUUUGGUGAUGAUUUAUUUGGGGAAUCAAAAUAUGUACUUUAAGUAUUCCACGUUUCACCUAAUCAUGGAGUCACUUUUUAAGAUAAUUUUCCCCUUCACCUUUUUGUUCCUGUCGCGUGUUUUCCAAGUGGACACGUCGAGUUCGACGGAGAGCAUCUUUAAUGUUCUGGACAGCUACGGAGUUGGCGCGUGA